GUAAAGGAUGACAUUGUCUGACGAAGAAAUCACCAGAUUACACAGGAUCCGGAAGACAGUCAUGGAAAUGCUUCAUGACAGGAGCUAUUUUGUGACAGAAAAGGAGAUAAACAUGACACGACACGAGUUUAUUAACAAGUAUGGGGAGAACAUGAAGAGAGAAGACCUAGUCAUCAGCAAAACCAAACGCAAUGACAGCUCUGAUCAGAUAUAUGUGUUCUUUCCUGAGGAGGCAAAGGUUGGAGUUAAAACUAUGAAGACAUAUACAAACCGUAUGAAGUCUGAGAAUGUUUUCCGAGCAAUUUUGGUUGUCCAGCAGAACUUAACUCCUUUUGCGAGAACAUGCGUCAGCGAGAUAUCAACGAAGUUCCACCUAGAGGUUUUUCAGGAAGCUGAGCUGUUGGUUAACAUAAAAAAUCAUGUGCUUGUUCCUGAGCACCAGCUUCUCACUCCUGAGGAGAAGAAAACUUUGCUGGAGCGGUACACUGUGAAAGAAACUCAGUUACCUAGGAUUCAGAUCACAGAUCCGAUUGCUAGAUACUAUGGUCUAAAGCGUGGGCAAGUUGUGAAAAUAAUUCGGCCGAGUGAGACUGCAGGGCGUUAUGUGACCUAUCGAUACGUUGUUUGAACUGAAGUGCGUUUGAUGGUGAACUCUUUUCAUGUGGCAGUGCAACAAGCAUGAUCCAGGGAAAGAGGAAAGUGAACACACAUUUGAGCUGCGUGUCAGUAAUCUUUCGUGUUGAUCCUGCUGCUGUUGUGGUAUUCUAUGGUGCUGAUAUUGUUUGGGUGUACGUGUGUACUAAAGUGUAUCGAUUGUUACUCCCGUUAUGUCCUGGAGUUUGAUUAUACACGAGCAUUUUGUAAUCUUGAGUCAGAAACAUUGUUAUCCUGUCAAAACUUGUAUUCCGUCUCUGUUUAUACAAGAACUGGAUUGAUUCAUGCGACCCUCCGCAUCUAUGAUAACCGUGGUUACAUCCAUUUGUUGGUGGGUGUCUAGGUAAACAAUUUAGAAUUUGUAAAAUGAUGAAAAAAGUAUACAUGAUUUGGAUGAACCAUUCAAUCAAUUGAAAGGAGGGAGAAUAGAAAAAUAAAAAGAUAAAAGGAAAUCAAAAUUUGAGAUUCUGAGAUAGAACUAUAGUACUUAUUUGCCAAGGAAAUCAAAAUUUACGGUUUGGAUGACAAUCCAUAAAUCAUGGCCUUAGGAUGACUUUUUUGCCAUCCUCAUACUCUCAUAGUGUUCUCUGUCAACAUUAUGAAAGCCAAGUAAGACAACAUAAAACCUGUCUGUCAGAACUCAGAACCAGAAUUCUAAUAUUGACAACCUCCCAGACAAAUGUUUUAGUUCAAGUGUAAGUUCUUCCCAUGUGGUGCUGGAUGCAAAAUAUGUCAGAGUUUAAGCAAUUGUAAGUCUGCAUCUGAUUCAACAUUGAAAAAGUGCCAACUAGAAGUAUGGAAUGCACGAAAAUAGUCAUCUGACACUGUAUUAACAGGGAACUCUUUAGUGAAACUCCUGACGGCAAAGAUAUGGCCAUGUGUUUCCUCUCGAACUGAAAGCAUGGAAGUUGAAACCACUUGCUCGUACCCAUUGAAACUAUUUCCCAACAAUACAAUCUGAUUCAGGCGAUUUACUUCCCAAUUGGCUCGCAAUAGAUUAUUAUACAACACAGCUUCACAGUGAGGCAUGAAGAAGAAUGUCGGUUUUGAAGCUUGACGCUGACCCUCUUCAUUGAUGGAUAGAACAGAAAAGCCGAAUGCAGACAGAACUUUUGAUUCGACAGAAGAAAUAACCGGAUCAAACACCUCCACGUCUCCAAUCCAAGACAAGUUCUUUUUCAUCAAUAUAGCUAGGCCAAGUUGUAAACGAGGCGGUUCAUACGAUUCAAUGCUGCCUAUACCAUAAACGACCAUCGACAUUUUCUCUUCUGACACCAAAACCUUACCUAUAAGAUCAGACAUUUCACUCCUUUGGAUUUGAUCCAUGAAGGCUUGGUAAAAUUGGGAGCUCUGGAGGGACUCAACAUAAGUAUGCAUCUUCCCCAUCAAUUUCAACUCCCUUUCAGGAUCAUUUUCAGAAUUUUCAGGAGCCCAAGGCUUGGCAGGUUCAAGCAUUUUGGGUGGAAUAAUCAUCUUUUGAAAACCCCUUUUCUUUCUACCAGAACGAGCCAAAACAACUGUCCAUUCCUCUGUUCCCAUCUUAGGGUUUUCAAAGCUGCCAGUUUCUGCAGAUGCAGCCAUAAUUACAUUUCUAGCCCAGCUCAAGUUUGAAAGCCUACGAUUCCAGCUAAAUCAAAACUACAUUCUUCGAUGACCUAAUAAGGACAAAGAACUCUCCGAACUAAUCUCCACAAAUAAGACCACAAAAACACCUACUACUACACUACACAAAACACCAAGUAACAACAUCUUUCAUAUUGAGUCACAAAUACUACAAUCUGGAGUUAGUAAUACAGCAAAUAAACGCCUAAAACAAAGAAAUGUUUUUGUAUAAAUUCGUCAUUGCUAAUCAAAAGCCACGGAAAGUGAGUUACCUCGAGGUACCGGCGACGAAGCUCCGACGACGGGUUAGGGAACCGUUUAUGGACUCCUGAACUUCAGUUAUAUCUACAGCAAUUCACAAAUUACGGGGGCUAGGGUUAUUGGGGGUGUUUAUUUUGCAGAGAGGUAAAUUGGAAUAUCGCGCAAAUCCCUUUUUUUAAGUGAUCCAACAGAAAUCAUCAUACUUGGAGCCAGCCCAAUUAAGCCCAAGAUGCCAUUACUAGGCAUGGUUUCAAGUUUUACCAAACGGUAACAGCUACGUUACAAUAGUAGUGUUUGAUGCUCAUCUCAAAGUUCAAACAAUGGUGUUUUGUUCGAUCAUUCCAAACAUAAUUAUAACUCUAAUAACAGGUUGAAAAGAAAAUGGAAUUGAAUAAUUAACGCGCUCAUUACAAAGGCCAAAUGUGUUGGAAUAUUUUCUAUUUCAUCAUUCCCAUUCAAUUCCUUUCUUUCAUUGUCAUGAAAAACAUUGCAAAUGAUAUUGGUGAUUCUUAAGGGCACUUGUGCCUUCCGCCAUGGGUAGUCAUGUGAGCAUAGCAAGGGCAGACGUCUUCAUUGCCGGAAGUGCCCGGCGGAACACAGUUACACCGUCGGCAGCAGGUGUUGCAUGCCCUAAUGCACAUUUUAUGCCGGCUCGCCUUGCUACAUCUGUACCCACAUUUCCCCGCACAAUCUGAGGUGCACAACCAAAUUGUGAAUUAAGGGUACCAACUUUUACCUGGGAACCAUUUUUGGGAUUAAAACAUUAAUGAUCAUGAUUGCAUUUUCUAGCCAUACCAAUUUUGGCACCUUCGACAGCCAGCCCUUGGUUACCACUUAUCUGCCAAAACAUGAAAUUCAAAAGAAAAAAAAAAAAAAAAAAAAUUUAUAUAUUAAGCACGAGACUAAAAAUUUCUUCUAAAUUAGCUAAAUAUGUUACAUCUAUUUCAUACAUAAUUUCUAAAACAUCGAAUCUUCAAAGAAUUCUAAGUCAUCGAACAGAUGUAACUUUUACCUCCUGCUCAAGGGUAAUGCAAAUGAUCAAAACCAUGAACAAUGCAAACUUUAAGCAGGCCAUGGCAGUGUUCUCUGAAUGUAGACAAAGUAGAUAGGACACUAUCAACUAUUUACUUAAUCUACAAAGGAAGAUUGCUUAUAAGUAGGUCAUUCUCCCACUUGAUCAGUUGGAUUGUUAGGCAGUGCCCCAAACGGAGCUUCAAUUUGCAAUGCAUUCUGUGCUUGAAACGCUUCUUCAAUGGGAAGUUCAGUUAGGUCUAUCCCAACUGUCAUGACAGAAAAUGUGCUAAUGCAGCUC